GGAGAAGAAGGAUCUUUUUUUUUUUCUCCAGCAUCUUUUGUUUAUUACCGUUUCUCAUCAUGUUUACAUGAACAUUCCGGAUUUUGGAUAGCUCAGAGGGGAUUCAGCAGCAACCAGUAAGCAAUGAAGAAAAGAAUAUACCCAUGCUUUCUCGCAUCGUGGUGUUGCUUCAUAUUAAUGGUAAACACCCAGUGUCCCUGGUCCAGAGAACUUGUAAACUUACACACUGACUGCGUAUGUGCGUACAGUAACAGCCAGCGCAUUUCCAUCCAGUGCAGUCCAGUCAAUUUCACACUCCUCAUGUCUACUCUCAGAGGUUCGGUAAGCAACAUCCCCAUCGAUUUACUGUACGUAAGCAAUGCCACAAUCGAAGUGCUGCGCAAUGGCAGCUUCGAAGACCUCAGAAUACAGAGCCUGCAUCUUUCGAAGAGUAAAAUACGAGAUAUUGAAGUUGGAGCGUUCUUCGGACUGAAAGAAACGCUCACCAGUCUUAACCUCCAGGACAACCUGCUGAGGGAGAUACCCGUGGAAGGAAUGAGAAGUCUGAAUUCUCUACAAUUUCUGGACCUGUCUCAUAAUGUGAUACGUAAAGUACAGGAUGAUGCCUUUAAAGGUCUACCCCUGUCAACUCUAAAGCUGUCGGACAAUUCCCUCAACAUAUCUGACGUGGCUUUUCGUGGUCUAGAAGGCAGCCUGAAGAGUUUAAACCUGCAGUCUUCAGAUCUCAGAGAGCUGCCAAAGGCCAUCCAGAGACUCAAGUUCUUGGCUCUUCUUGAUCUUGCACAAAAUAAGAUAGAGACCAUAGAGCCGGACUUCUUCUCGGAGAUGCAGUCUCUGACGGCCAUCAAUUUGGAAAGGAACAGGAUAAAGGACAUCGAUUCCAAAUCCUUUGCCGGUGUCAAUGCCACCCUCAGUUCGUUGUCGCUGCUAAACAACCACUUGAAGACAUAUCCUCUGGAAGCUAUUUCUAUUCUCUCCGAAAUAAGGGUAUUAGAUCUUGGAUUUAAUGGAAUCACGGAAUUACCAAUCGAUGCAUUUAAGAAAAACAAAGUAUUGACACUCUUAGCGUUAGACGGAAAUCCCCUCACGACUAUACCAGUAGAAGCAUUCCUUCAUCUCAAUUCCACAUUAAGAGGACUCAGUUUAGGAGGAUCAGCAUUAGAAUGUGAUUGCCGGAUACGAUGGGUAGCAGAGUGGAUUCGAGAUCGAGAUCUUCAAGUAACCAGCCGAGAGCGCAAUCCGCAAUUUUGUGGCAGUCCUGAACACCUGAGGCGUCGCAACUUUUUCCAGAUUCAGCUAUCAGACUUCUACUGUGCCAAUGAAACUCUGAAGCCUCGCCAAGCCACAAAACGUCCCAAGAGAUUGAAUAUGAACUUUGACGAAAGACCCAACGAUGUCUCGGAGGAUGGAGAGAAGCUGGUGCAAAUUGUGACUGUGGACACACACGUGGAUAUCGCUGGAAUGUCUAAAGAUAUUAAAGGCAACACCACACCUUUAGGAUCAUUGGCACACAGUGGAACGGUUAAAAAGAAACCAAACCAACAUCCUAUUAGAAUAAAGCAAGCCUACAAAAGAGAUUCAACACUGAUGUUAGAGUGGGAAACAGGAAAAAUAACCAACCGAGGACAUCAAAUCCUGAUAAGACUGUUUGGAAGUCAAGAAUUUAAAAGAAUUAUUCCCAUACCAAGUGACGUUCAUAAACUGCAAGUUGAUCAGCUACCUUUACAUCAAUGCAUCAUUGUCUGCGUGAUUGAAUAUGAAGAAAUUGCAAAUAUAAAAAUAGACAAUGUGCCAGCCAAGCAGUGCAGAGAGUUAAAAGGAGAUGACAGUCGAAUUCUUUCUCUGGACAAGGUGGUCAUUGCGGCAUCGGCAAUCAUUUGCAUCGUGGUCAUCAUAGGCGCACUGAUAGUUAUCCUACUCUAUUUUCGAAAACGAGAGGGACGAAACGGAUCGUCUCUGUCUUCAAUGCAUCCACAUCACACAAACACUCUAACAGCUGUGCUACCUCCUCUGGUAAAACAACAAAUACCACCAGAAACUGAUUGGGAAACACUUUCCUGGAACAGUGGCCGAAGCAGUCCGAAAAAUAACGGUCACAACUGCUUGGUUGGAAAAUCUGGAAGCACCAGUCACAGUUUCGUGCUCAAUGAUGGCCAGUUCCAGAUCAACAAAGCCAUAGCAAAUGGUUUUGCGAAGUCUUUCUCAACAAGAGAUAACGAUUCUAGACUGUCUUAUUCGCACAUCUCAAAAAUAUCACCAAGUAACUUUAACAUCCAGAGGUCAAAAUCACUGACUCGACCGAGUGCACACCACAUGUCGACCGGUGGAUAUAUCCGAAAGAAAAAGCAAAGGCAGAGUGGAAGGCUGGCAUCAGCCAGCUCAUCCACAGAAUGCGAAUCGGACUGGAAUGGCAGGUCCAUGUGGAAAGAUAACGAUGUAGACAUCUACAUAAGCCAAAAUCACAUGAUGUCGGGAACCAACAAGUACAGAAAAGAUUAUAGUAUAAGGUGAUUCACACCAUAAAUAUUAAAGUGAUAUAAGUCCAUUAACAAUACAGUGAAUAUGUUUCAAGGACAAUUAAAUCACUGUUGCCCUUAUUUCACAUUCGAUUUGUUUCAAGGAAAAAAACAAAUGCUAGAAUUCUAUAAACUUCGCAUUUAUUUUAAAUGUGUUUCAUGGAAGGACAAGAAAAAUUGUAGAAUUCAUAUAUGUUUUAAGGACAUAUAUGUUAUAUGUAUGGACAUAUGUUUUAAGGACAAAAAAGUACAACAUACAAUGAGCUUAGAGGCACAUCAUUUAUGUGCUUUUCACAUUAUUUGUGAAUCAACAAAAUGUUUGUAAAUAAAAAUGUUGAUUGGGCUGGAGAUUUUGAAGAAAUUUCCAAUGAACUCUGAAGAAAACAAAUGGCAGCUGCAUUUUUAUUUCUUCCCGAAA